CCCGCCAACAAGUAGCACAAGUCUACCCCAACAAAAGGGCAAAGAUACGUGAUAGUACAGCGCCUGGGUGUUUUCGGGUCUGCUUCAGGCGACAUGGAAUGGGUUUCACAACUGUCAGUAUUCACUUUCGAGCGUGGGACGAAGGAUGAGCCUGACGCAAGGCCGUUGGUCGUCAAGCGCUUCUCAUAUCUUCCUGCCGCAAAUGGUUAGCCUCAAUCUUCCCCACUGCCUUGACGGCAGCUAGUGCCCAGAUCUGAGGUAGCACUGGUGGGAAUGGGCGAGAACGAGCAGAUCGCGCAUCAUGAAUCCCAUGCUGGGUGCAUGCGGUUCUGUGACGCUAGAAAAGACGAAAAGUCUUAUCUCGCCACACAGCUCUAUUUCUUAACCCGGCACCCGUGUUCUGGUGAGAUGCAGCUAUUCGGGACUUAUCUCUGAGUAGAUUGCGAGCCUCGGACAAGAAUCGACCACGUCAGAGAACGAGUCAUAUAGCGAAAAUGAGUGAGGCUGUGCGCAAUUCGCGCUUCGACGUCGAGGGGCCUGUCCUUUCCAACAAAGAGGACAAUGACAGACACCUGAGCACCGACGAGAAGCGAGCUCCGAAGCAAACUAUUCCUGUCUACAAUGAGCUGGAGCUGGCUUCUGAGAACGACCUAUCCAUCGGCUCCAUCCUCAAGGGAACAGCAGCGCGACCACUUACCAACUUCGAGAGGAAGGCUGCCCUUAUCAAUGCCGAACUCGAUAAACUCGGUAUGGGAAAAUAUCAAUGGUGUAUCUGGUUCUUGUGCGGUUUUGGCUACUUCCUUGACUUGGCCUGGGCUCAAGGCGUCGGCUUGAUCGCCUCUGCUGUGUAUCAGGAAAUGGGUGUGCCAGCCGGAAGUUAUGGCAAUAUCUGGUCAUGUGCCAAUGCAGGCCUCGCCGUCGGCGCAUUCGGCUGGGGCUUGCUCGUCGACAUUAUAGGUAGACGCUGGGCCUUCAACCUCACCUGUUUGAUCACGUCGGUUUUUGGUCUUCUCCUGGCAGCACCGAAAUACAACUACAGUGCAAUCUGCGGCAUCUACUUUCUUGCGUCUGUCGGUCUUGGAGGGAACAUCCCGAUAGACGCCACGAUCGCCUUGGAGUUUCUUCCGCAAAAUCGCCGCUUCCUGGUCUUUCUGCUUUCAAUGUGGCAGCCAGUCGGUGUCGUUGUCGCUUCCGCCGUCGCCUAUGGAACAACUGCAAAAUGGCGUUGCGACACUACCUUGCCGGCGUGCAAUGCCGUCAGCAACGGAGCGGCAUGCUGUUCGGUCUCCAGCAACAUGGGUUGGCGCUACACGGUCAUCGUCCUCGGGUGCAUGACUCUCUUCAUCUUCUUCCUUCGAUACUUCAUCUUCAGAUUCCAUGAAUCUCCGAAAUUCUUGGUCAGCAAAGGCAAGGAGGCUGAGGCGAUCGAGGUCCUGCACAAGAUUGCCAAGUUCAACCGCGCAGCACCGCCGACUUUGACGGUCGAACAGUUUCAGGCCAUUGACGCUGAGGCUGGCCCGAUUGUGCCCCAGGCCACAACGAAGAACGUCCUCACGAAUUUCUUUAACAGUCUGAAGCAUUUGAAGGGACUGUUCCUCAGCAAGCUGCAAUGCUUUAUUUUCAUACUUUUGACUAUUGCUUACAUGGGCGAUUACUGGUCCUUCAACCUGGCUGGAGCGUAUCUGCCAAUUAUCCUUCUCCAGAACAACGUCUCCACUGGGCAAGCGACCGUGACAGACACCUACCGACAAUACGUCUACAUCUAUCUUCCUGGUAUUUUGGGUGCCGCCCUCGCCUUGAUGACUGUGCAACUACCUUUGGUUGGACGAAAGUGGUCGCUGGUUUUCUCUGCCUGCUGCCAAGGGUUGGCAAUGGCCAUGUACACACAAGUCAAGACAACAGCCGGUUAUGUCGGACUCAACGCGCUUGAGUACAUUAUGCAAACAUACUUCAACGCUGUCUUAUAUGCAUCCGCUCCCGAGCUUUUCGACACAUCCUACCGGGGUAGUGCGAGUGGUAUGUUGUCCUGCAUGGGUCGUAUCGCCGGCAUUGUGGCCCCUUUUGCAGGUGCGCAGUACGUUGUGAGCAACAGCGCUGGAGUUUUGUGGCUUGGAGCUGGUGGAAUCUGGCUCUCCGCGUUCGUCAUGGUCUUCCUUCCCGUUGAGAUGAGGAAGAGACAGAUGUUUUAAAAGCCAGCCUGUUGCUCCUCGCAGCAACUCAAUUCUGCAAUAGUCCGUCUUGGUCGAGUCUAUAUCCGUAUACUAGCAAAUCGCCAUAUACUUCUGAUCGAGCAUUAUUGUGUUGAUAUCUUACAAAAGUACCUUGGUGAUGCUCGUGAAUGCC